AUGAAAACACGGCAGCAGAAUAACGUCUCCGGGAUUCGUCUUACUGACAUCAUGAUCUGGCGCAAUACGCGAUCGAAGACCGCAGAGAACUCAUCACUGCCGGUCCCAGUUGAUGUCUUAAUCGAGGUAUUCUCAACCCUUCCGUUGAAGUCUAUAGCGACGUGUCGUUGCGUGUCGAAGCUCUGGUACUCCAUACUCCGCCGUCCAGAUUUCACCGAGCUGUUCUUGAGCAGGUCUUGUUCCACAAGCCCUAAGCUAUUGUUCGCAUGCAAAAAAAACAGCGACGUGUUCUUCUUCACGUCACCUCAGCCUCAAAAUCCGGAUGAGAACUCGUCUCCUGUAGUGGCCAAUUAUCAUACGAAGUUCUCCUUUCAUGGCUUCCAUGAAAAUAUUUACCAUGUCCAUGGCCUCGUCUCUCUUUUAGGUAAUCGGAUUUCAAAGGUAAAAGAAGAAAAAUUGGCGGUGAUAUGUAACCCUAGCACCGGAGAAUCCGUAAUCUUACCCAAAGUGAAGACGAGGAGAGUUACGGUGAAGUGUUUGUUUGGUUAUGAUCCGAUUGAUAAACAAUUCAAGGUAUUGUCCAUGACACAGCGAUUAUAUGGAAGUUACGGCGAUGAUGAGUCGUGGGACCAACAUCAAGUUCUGACAUUAGGAACUGGAGGAAAACGGUCAUGGAGAAUGAUAGAGUGUUCCAUACCCAAUCACUCUCUACGUAAUCCGAUUUGCAUCAAUGGUGUUUUGUAUUAUCUAUCCACUAAACGGUCUACAAAGACUUGUGUGAUAGUUUGCUUUGAUGUUAGAUCUGAGAAUUUCCGCUUUAUGGAAGCCAAGGGAGCUCUCAGUGGAGAUUUGCUUAAUGGAGGAACUCUGGUCAACUACAAUGGUAAGUUAGGUUGUGUGGUUCACUCUGGACAGUCUGCAUUGCAUGUGAGAGUUGAUGGAACAAGUACAAGUUUCAAGCUGUGGGUUUUAGAAGAUGUCGAGAAACAAGAAUGGUCUGAGCGUACUUACUUAUUGCCUGCUUUGUGGAAGAAUGUUAUUGGAAAUGCUGUGUUAAGCUUUGUUGGAGUGACUCGGACAAAUGAGAUUGUGUUCUCAUCGUCCUAUCCAGCAUACCCUUUUUACCUUUUCUAUCUUAAUCUCGAGAGGAACAGUAUCGUGAGAGUUGAAAUCCAAGGAAUGGAUACGUCUAACUGUCCCGUAUAUUUCACUUCUAUAGACCAUGUAGAGAAUGUGGAGCUAUAUGGUAAGUGUUUAGACUUUCACUUCUAUAGUACAUACUUUGAGACUUUUGUUUCGCGUUAG